GUGAGUCUGGCAACACUAAGCAGUCUAUUUUUUCAUCGCCGUCGGUUCAGUUUCUUUCGGUUUGUUUUCGUUUCUUCCGUUUUCGAGAAACCCCAAGUAAACGGACGCACCUAACUUAAAAAGUAAACCGCAAACUUAUGUUUAUUGUCCAUCCGUCUGUGUAAUUUCGAUUACUUUGUUUUUCGACUUUUGUUGACUUUUCCACGAAGCGGCUGCGAGUGUUCAAUCAGAUAUCCAUCCACACGAAAAGGAGCCGAGGAGGCAGCCAAGGAGUUAACUGGAACCAAAACAACCAGCCAGCCAGCCAGCCAGCCAGCACACAAAGCAAACAAACACACUCUUGCCAAUUUAUCGAAUAAACAAGAAGAAGCCGAGCCAGAAGGAGAGGUCCCGCCACCAAGGAGCUCCCUCUCCGCAACCAGCGCCCUCCAACGAGACGUACGUCCCCUCGCACCCCUCGCUCCCCAGCCAAUCGAUCCCAGCCCGCGUCAUGGAGUUCGUGGAGCUCGGUCAUGUUUGAGCGCUUCCGACUGAACAACCUGACCAGAACCUUUCGCCUGCGAGGAGGCGGCCCAGAACUGGCGCGCGACAAGAAGAAUCCGCAACGGCAGCAAUGCGUCACCGUCCUUUUCCUAGAUGACAUCACGCACACCUUUCGGAUCGAGAAACGUGCGAAAGGCUCUGAACUCUUGGAUCAGGUCUUUCAAUACCUCGAGCUAUCCGAAAGGGACUACUUUGGCCUUCUGUUUCCCCAGAAGCCGGGCGACGUUGUGAGAUGGGUCGAUGCCCAGAAGCAGUUCAAGAAGCAAUGCAGCAGCGUCUCCCUCGACAACGAUGCCGUUCCAUUAUUAGAGUUUAGGGUUAAGUUCUUUGUAAGCGACCCCAGCAGACUGCAGGAGGAGUUCACCCGCUACCAGUUCUACCUGCAGAUCAAGCGCCACAUCCUGCUGGGCAAGCUGCCAUGCUCCAGCAACACCCAGUGCCUGCUUGCCAGCUACACGGUGCAGUCCGAGUUGGGCGACUUCAAUGCGGCGGAACACCAGCCCGGCUACUUGAGCGGGAUGCAGCUGCUCUGCGACCAGACGCCCGAGACGGAGCGCAAGGUGGGCGAGCUGCACAAGCUGCACCGCGGCCAGCUGCCCGCGGACGCGGAGUACAACUACCUGGAGCACGCCAAGCGGCUGGAGCUGUACGGGAUCGACCUGCACCGGGCCACCGACUCCAACGGCAAGGAGCUGCAGCUGGGCGUCUCGGCGGUGGGGCUGCUUGUCUUCCAGCACGCGCUGCGGGUGAACACCUUCUCGUGGAGCAAGAUGGUCAAGGUGUCGUUCAAGCGCAAGGACUUCUUCAUCCAGCUGCGCCGCGAGCCCAGCGAGAGCUACGACACCCUGCUCGGCUUCGGGAUGAGCAGCCAUAAGCACGCCAAGGCGCUGUGGAAGUCCUGCGUGGAGCACCACAGCUUCUUCCGCCUGAAGCGGCCGCACCGCCUCUCGCGCUUCCUCAACAUCAGCCUGGGCAGCAAGUUCUACUACUCGGGCCGCACGGAGCUGCAGGCGGUGCAGGAGUCCAAGCAGCGCGGCCGCAUCCACAAGGUCUUCGUGCGCUCGCCCAGCAAGCGGCUCCUCGGAGCUGCCGGCGGAGGCGGCGGCACCUCGGGCUCCUCGGGCGGCACUCCGAUGCUGCAGCAGCACAGCGGCUCCGAGAGCGCCAACUCGCACAACAACGGCAAACCGGCCUCCGGCGGGGGCACCAUUCUGACCAUCACCAAGACGAGCCGGCCGCACGACAACAAGGUCACCUCCAAGGAGGCCGACUCCAUGCCCAGGAAGGCCUGGGAGCAGCAGAGCGACGAGUACGACAUCCAGCUCGACGUGGGCUUCAUCGAACAGUGCACGCGGCGCUUCGAGUCCGCCUCGCCCUCGCCAAUGCCGCCCGCCUACAGCUCCGGCCAGCACAGCCCGCUCCUGCUGCCCACCACCAUUGCGGACGCAGUGGGUCAGCAGCAGCAGCCGGAGAGCGGCAGCGACCUCAUCACCAUCCGGCUGCAGGCCGACGAGCAGGGGCGCUACGGGUUCAACGUGAAGGGCGGCGUGGACCUGAGCCUGCCCGUGCAGGUGUCCAAGGUGGUGCCCAACACGCCCGCCGACCGCUGCACGCCGCGCGUCUGCGAGGGCGACGAGGUGCUCAUGAUCAACGGACGCGACGUGCACGGCCUGCGGCACGAGCAGGUGGUGGCCAUGAUCCGGGACUGCCGGCACCAGGCCAGCGGGGAGCUGCUGCUGACCGUGCGGCCCCAGCGGUCGGUGCCGCUGCUCCUGGAGGAGGAGCCGCUCUACCAGUACGUUCCGGAGAGCGACGAGAUUGGCUCGCACUCGAACCUCCUCGACGGGGACGCCCUCUUCACGCAGAGCCUGCUCCUGCUCAGCGACGGCCUGGCCUCGGGCGCCCUCCUCGCCCAGUACGAGCUCAUGUACAGGAAGAACCCCGACCUGGCCAUCACCGAGGCCCGGAAGCCGGCCAACGCGGCCAAGAACCGCUACCGAGACAUAUCGCCGUAUGACUGCACGCGGGUCUCUCUGGUGAACUCGCUGACCGGCGACUACAUCAACGCCAACUACGUGAACAUGGAGAUUCCCGGCGGAGCGGUGAACCGGUACAUAGCCACCCAGGGACCGCUGGCCAGCACCACGACCGACUUCUGGCGCAUGGUGCAGCAGGAGAGCAGCCACCUGCUGGUGAUGCUCACCACGGUGAUGGAGUCGGGUCGCCAGAAGUGCCACCAGUACUGGCCGGUCACCGGCGAGGAGCUCCAGCUGGCGGAGGGCUUCUCGGUGCGCUGCUUGAGCGAGAAGCCGGACGAGACGGGCAGCUUUGUGUUCCGCGAGUUCGUGCUGAAGGACAAGCACGAGCAGCGGCACAUCCACCACAUGCAGUACCUGGCCUGGCCGGACCACUGCGUGCCCUCCGACCCCAACCUCUUUCUCGAGUUCACGGAGCGGGUGCGCGCCGCCCGCAACCGCACGCUCCUCCAGGAGAUCGAGGAGAGCCUAAAGCAGGUGCGCCUGAUGGACGCCGACGCGGACGCCGACGAGAACGGCGGCCUGAUGCGCGAGCGCAAGUGCGCGGCCAGCAACGGCGCCACUCCGGAGGACGAGACGCCCGUCUCGACGAGCGUGCAUCAGUGCAUCAGUGCCGCCAACCCACCCGUGAUCGUCCACUGCUCGGCGGGAAUCGGACGCACUGGAGUGCUCAUCCUGAUGGACACCGCCCUGGCCCUGAUGGAGGCGCGCGAGCCUGUCUAUCCCCUGGACAUCGUGCGCACCAUGCGCGAUCAGCGCGCCUGCAUGGUGCAGAACGUGAGCCAGUACCGUUUCGUGUGCGAGUGCAUCUGCGCCGCCUACAUGAAGAUCUCCCGCAGCAGUGCCGCCAUCAACGACGACGAGGAUUAGGGAUUAGGGAUUUGGAGGGAGGGGCAGGACAAUCUACAAUCUUGCGCUUCGAUCGCCCCACAACGAUUCGGGUUUUUCUUACUCUAUGCGAACCUACGUCUAAAUCUAUCUAACUUCUAGUACCCGUAGACAUAUGAUUCAAGCUGAGUGUAUAUCAUUACUAUUACAGACCCCGUAUAUUGUAUUAUCGAGUGCGUUCUUAAGUUACUCCUAGACACACCCCCAAUUAUAUUAUAGUUAUCUCCGUCAGUCGUUGAAAGUGCUGCAUGGGAAGCGAUUCUAAAUUUACAAAGCCAACACGGAGUGGUUAACGAAGUGAACCUAAUCUGAACUACCUAAUCGAAGUAUACAAAGCGAAGCGAAACAAAUGGCAACUUAUUUACACCCAUCCGACGCUGAACGGUCGAGAACAAUACGCAAAUGCAGAACACGAUCCUUAUACACUGAGAGACAAGAAGAGAUGAUAAAACUGUUAGUAUUUUAGCACCAAAUCAAUUUAUAAAUGUAUUUAUGCUAAACAAAACCCAAUAAAAAUAUAACAAAAAGGGCAA